GUGUGCGCUUGCAAAGGAUUUAUAUUUAUACGUAUAGGUCUUUAGCUAUUCAGGCUACACACAAGCUGCAGAUUCAUUUCGUGUGUAUUCGGCUCCGCAACGUGGGCCGCACCUUCGCCCAACGCUCCACAGCAACACAAACUCAAAUCUUUACUAUAAAGCUUUCCUUCAUUUACCUCGCAUUAACGCUUGUUUCAUCCGUUUUUCUUAUUUUCAGUUGUUCCAUUACAACAUAGUCAAGAAGAGAGCGCAAGAGAGACGUCCACGACGCCAUCGAAAUUUUUUGUUUUUGAGCAACAUGAAAGAUCCUACGUUGUCUUCCUCGUCGCCUUUUUAUGUACUGGUGUGACGAUUACUAUUAUUAUUAUUAUUAUCCCCCACCCCCCUCUCUCUACUGUCCUCUUCCAUUUCAACCGGCGUGUCUUUUUGUUUGUUUUUGUUUUCACUCUUGCCUGUCCACAGCAAAUACACACCCAGAACGACGGUUGCUUCGCUUCCCAUCAGCCUUGUACAUGCGUGCCUGCCCACUAUCGCUUUGAGUUUCUCUCCAAGCUCCACACGCUCGUAAGGCGGGAGUGACUCUCGACGUUCUGUACAUCUGCUCCGUGUCCGUACGUGCAGUUUGUUUUUCUUCCGUUGCUAUCGAUCUUUCAUUGAAUGAGGCGUCGCACAGCAGCUGCUCUAAAUUGUUCACAUCAUUGUUGCUUUCCUUGAAAAAACAAAGCCCUCAUUGCUGAGGCCCAGGCAAUCGUAUUAUCUUCCUUUCAUUUCUUAUUGUUUGUUUACUUAUCGGUAGCCGUUGUAGCAUUAGGUGAACUGCUCCUCUCCCCUUUCCCCAACCUCAUCUAUUUUCCCCCUUUUCUGCACACUCAGCGUGUGCGCUGCACCUACCAAAAGUUGAAACUCAUUUGUCCCUCUUUCCGCUUCUUCUAUUUUUUGUUGUUUUUGUUUUUUUGCUGGACGUUGCCGACAUGUCCUCCAGAAUGGGGACAUCGGCGCGGCUUAAUGACGAACCGUCCUUGUCCGUAGGGGCAGCGACUUCCUCCGCGGGGAGCUUCGGCGCAGGAGGAUGCGGGCGCUACACCGCGGCUCUCACGAAGGCGCUGCCGGCCACCGCCACCGCACCGGGCGGGGCAUCGUCAUCGCCUCCGGCGGCGACAGCAACGCCGCCGAAACCGGCAAAAGCAGCUCGUGCGAGGGCACAAUCCGCCGACUCUCCGCGGUGUGUCGUAGGUGCCGUGAAUGGGCACUCCAAGCGUCGAUCAUCAUCGCUAUCCGUAGCGGCAGCGGCAGCGUCGACGCCUGCUAGCCGCGAUGACGCCGUGCGAAACUCCACCACCACGCCGCGUGCGUCUGGCCGAGGACGGCGACCAGCUUCCUCGCCAAGCCUCUCCACCACUUCCCCGAAUGCGGUGUCGUCGACGCACCUGGUGGCGACUGCGGAGGCGAAGCCAUCGCCGCGGACCCACCGCCGCCACCGCCACCGCGCCCACCCCCUCCGAGGGGGCUCGUUGGCCGCCAUGACAAAAGGCAACGAAAUCAGCAGCAGCACCAGCAGCAGCAGCAGCAGCAGAGCCCGCAAAGAUGCUCACUCGUCUCGCGGCGUCGUCCGCAGCCCGGCCACCCCCCUCGCGCAGGAGAAGGAAAGGCGCGCGACGCGGAAGGAGAAAGUGACGAACCGCCCCGUGGCAGCGUCCACCAACGGCUGCGCACGGCACCACAACGCCUGCUCUCGGCCCUCCGCGUUCGUUGGCGACGGAGCGACGCCGCCCAAGCGGCGAAGUCAUCGGCGGCGAUCCGGCGCAGAAGAGGCGGAGGAGACGAACAGCCACGCGUCAUCUUCCGCGGCAUCGUCGUCAUCGCCGCUGUUGCACCCUGCUGGGAGCUCUGCCGGCGUGACGCCACCACGCAAGUCCGCCGCUGUGUCAUCUCUGUUGUCAACCCUUCCCGUGUACCGCGGCGCGACCGCUGCAGCACCUGUCCUGAAGAUGGAGAAAGGCGGACUGUCGAGCACGUACACUCCUGCCGUCAGCAACGCAAGCACUCCGAGCAAGAAGCGGCACUCUUGCGCGUGUCGUUGCCCCUCCCCUCCUCUCCACACGUUGCAGGAUUACGAGGGAAAGCCAACGGAAAAGGGAAGAAGAAGAGACAGCACCCGCAAGCACGCCGCGCCGACGGCGGACAAACCGUGGCUGUCAAAACCAGAAGGAGGCGGAAUCUUGAAAAGCCGAAAACCCUCUCCUCUACGUACCGACUCGAUCGAGGUUACCUCAACGCCCACGGAAAAAAAUCUUCUACUCAGUGCCACCGCCCCGCCGCUCAUCUCCAUCGGCACGACCACGCCGCGCUCCGCCAGCGCGCAGAACUUGGAGCAUUCGCGACAUGUGCGCUUCGACGAGGCAAAUAUUGAAUACCUGGGAGCGUUUGCCAGCCGCAUCAUCUAUAGUGAUAGCCAGCUCGGUGUCCAGCUGAGCAAUGAGGAGUGGGGCGCCGUGAUGAUGUCGCCGACCUCGGCGCACGAGUACAGCGCGGCGCGGCGGCCGGACACCGGGACAACGGUGUCGAUGGGCAAGGCGAAGCCCAGCGCGUGGGGAGGCGACUCGGAGUGGUUUAACGCGGAGUUCGGCUCACAGAUGGAGCUGCACACCGACCACUCCGACCUGCCCUCGCCGGCGCUGACCCCGGCUGCCCUCGGCGCGCCGUGCUCCGCCCUCUCCGCGCGGUCCAUGCCGUCGUCCCUGCUGACUGCCGCGCCACCUUCUGGCUCUGCUAGCCCAUUCGCACCGACGGCGCAGGCGCUCCUCACGCCGGCCAUCGCACACGCGAACGGCGCCGAGUUGACAUCUGCCAGUGCCACGGGGUUCGUGCGACAAAGGCCGCAGCUGGAAGCCUCCACGAACACAAAAGGCCUCCACCACAAAGAGAAAGAAGAGCCACGUCGGCCACCGACACCGCCAGUGUGUCCGCGCAACCGCAACAGCACCUCAACAGCGACACCGGAGGAGAGCGAGGGGGAGACGCGCUGCUCAUCACCGGUGUUGGUCUACGAGCGGGCUCCGUUGAGCACGACAGCGGGCCCGCCGUCCACGUUGUCGAAGUCGCAGACGGGCGUCAACGCACUCCGCUGCACCGUCUCACCGAUGGACGCGUCCACGUUUUCCACCCACUCCGCCAACGACGCCCUCACGCCGGCGCCGCCGCACACGUUGGCGGGCUCGCUGCGGCGCCACUCGUCAUCAGCGCAGAGCUCCCCCUCGACGUCCCCCACCCUGCAAGGGACGAUGGGCGGCAGCAGCAGCAGCCACAGCUACCGUCGUUCGAGUGGCAGUCGCCCCCGUCUCUCCUCACCAGGAGUGUCCUUCGCAAACGUCGACCUCCGAGGCCUCAACAUGGACGACGACUUUGAAGCGUUGGGCGGCGCGGAAGAAAAGGGCUCCGUCCACGCAACGGCAUCGCCACCGCCGCCGCUGCACGACGCCGCGCUCCUCGCCGGGUUGGCAGCGGGAGGCGACGUCGACGGCGCCGGCGUGGGCGAUUCUCCGUCGACGAGAGCGCUGCAGCUCUCCGCGUCGGAGCGGCGCCUGCUGCGGGCGGUGAUGCACAUCAACACGCAACAUGGCCCCACCCGCUCGCCGAAUAGCGUGCGCGCCACCCCCGUGGCGAGCACACCAGUGACAGACUCGAAGGGGAAGGGCAGCGGCGUGCAUGCGUUGCGUGCGUCGGUCCGCACGCUCGGUGACCCCUGCGAGGAAGUGCUCUCCUCCGAUAUUCGGCAGUUCCUCGAGGGGGAUGGCAAGAGACCCAUCAGGGAAAAGAAGCAGUAG